GCUUGGCGCGUAAUACCCAUGACAAACCCAUCACGACCAUCACAAAAUCAUUAUCCGGUGAAGAAGACCAAUGUUUGAUUGAUUAAGGAUGGGUGUAUUGGAAGAUUUAAUUGUUUACAUAGAUAAUUCCAGCAGUGUAAAAAGUACUGCCAAUUAUGCAGUAUUACUCAGAGCAAAGGGUGCUAACAAGAUCAUUCUUCUGAUAUGAGCGUUUCAGAAUGGCCACUUUCUUCAUCGGACUUUUCUUGUAUAUCGCCAACAACCUUCUGACACAAGGUCAAGGGCAGUAUCUGUUUGUCGAGGAGCCAUGGCUGACCUGGGCUGAUGCACGUGACUGCUGCCAGUUUCAUGGUCUUCAGUUGGCCAAAAUAGAGAAUAAACAGGAUAAUGAUCGCAUCUAUAAUCUGGUUCAGAAGGUCACUUCGAAUAACGGGUACUACCUGUGGUUUGGAGCCAGCUAUAACACAACCCAAGGCACCUUCACCUGGUCGGACAACGCACUGGUCACAUGGUACCAAUGGGGUGGGUCGGAACCGGAUGUCAACGCAUGCGUGAGCGGACAGUUUAUUCCAGAUAGGAUGGUUUGGAAUGCCCACAUGUGUUCAACUGCCUACUCCUACGUAUGCAGUGUUACAGAAACUCCGAACAUACAACUCACCGCAAGGCCAAGCGGAUGUCCGGAGUCCAUCCAGGAUUAUGUGUUGUCCGAGUCGACGGUCGGAUCUGAUGGAAACCGCCAGGAUACCUUCAUUGAUGGCAAGUUCGCUUUCCCCAACACUACAUCGUAUCUGGGCUCUCGUGUUGUCUCGCAAAUUGAAGACUGCAUGCUCACGUGCCUCGAGUUUCCCGGAUGUAACCACGUGACCUAUUACAAUCACUUCAAGUGUCACAUGUACAGUGCCUAAUCUAAUCUAAAUGAUUGGCAAAUUUUGAAGCAAAAAUAAAGACUCGGAACCUGACGUGACCACAACGGAACCACAAGUGUGUUCAAAAUUGGAACCACUCAUUCCAGUGCUAGCCUCUGAGUUAGGAACAUGGUCAAAAUGUUAGCAUGUGCGUCUCAACACUGUACAUAAAUAAUGGACAAAGUACAUGU